AUGAAAUACAAACUUUUUAUUUUGGGUUCAAUUUUAUUUGUACUGCUGAGUACUUGGUGUGGAAAAAAUGAAGACGAUUCGCUGGUCGUUGAAAUUGAAAAUGGCCGUUUGAGAGGUAAAGACAAGGGCUUCUACUACAGCUAUGAAUCCAUACCAUAUGCUGAGGCACCUACAGGGGCUUUGAGAUUUGAGGCACCACAACCAUAUGGACAGAAGUGGCAAGAAGAGUUUGAUGCUACGGUACCACCCAAACCCUGUUUACAAUGGAAUCAAUUUGAAGAGGGUGAAUCCAAGUUGGAUGGCGUCGAAGACUGCCUGACGGUAAAUGUUUACAAACCCAAGACGGGCAAGAAACAAUAUCCGGUAAUGGUUUAUAUUCAUGGUGGCUGCUUCAUGUUUGGGGAUGUCAAUUUCUACGAACAAGACAACAUUAUGCGUGAUGGUAAUAUGAUUUUGGUAAAGGUUGUCUACCGCCUGGGCCCCUUGGGUUUCUUGAGUACCGAAGAUGAGGCCAUAGCUGGGAACUUUGGUUUGAAAGAUCAACAAUUGGCCCUCAAAUGGAUACAGAAAAAUAUUGCCAGUUUUGGUGGUGAUCCCAGUAAGGUCCUGCUAACAGGCUUCUCAGCUGGUGGUGCCUCAACCCACUACCACAUUCUCAAUUCAGAGAGUAAGGAUUUAAUCAAAACCGCCGUCUCCUUCAGCGGAGUGGCCUUGAAUCCCUGGGCCAUUAGCAAAACUGCCCGCAAAAAUGCCCUGAAAGUUGCCAAGCUAUUGAAAUGCCCCAAUCUGGAAAAUACCCAAGAAAUUAAGAAAUGUCUACAAAAGAAACCUGCCCGUGAUAUUGUCUCAACCGUUAAAGAAUUCCUCAAUUUUGGUUAUAAUCCAUUUACCACCUUCGGUCCCGUAGUAGAACAUCCCAAAGUCGCCCAACCUUUCCUCACAAAACAACCCCGAGAUAUUAUUAAAUCUGGUGAAUAUACAAAGGUACCCUAUUUGGUCACCUAUACCUCAGAGGAUGGUGGCUACAAUGCCGCCGAGCUGUUGCAAGUGAAUCCGAAAACUGGCAAAGAAUUUAUUUACGAUCUUAAUGAACAUUGGCAGGAAUUGGCUCCACAAAAUCUAUUUUUGAGUAGUAUGUCCGAUCGGCCAGAGGAAUAUGCAAGAGAAUUGCGCCAAAAAUAUCUAGGAGAUUUAGAAUUUUCCGUCGAAAAUUAUUGGCAGGUACAAAAAUUAUAUACGGAUGUUCUGUUUAGACUUGGCUUGUUGGAAACAAUGAAAUUGCAUAGUGCCAAAUCGGAUAUUCCAAUUUAUGGUUAUGUCUACGAUAAUCCGGCUGAUUAUUGUGCCGGUGCUGCUCUAGCGGAAAGGAAUGAUGUUAAAUUUGGUACAAAUCAUUUAGAUGAUAUAUCCUUAAUCCUCAACUAUCCCAUACGCAGCCCACCACGUCCCGAUGAAGUAAUCAUCUCUCAAAAAUUCAUCAAAAUGUUGGUGAAUUUUGUGGAAACAGAACAACUUACAUUUGGUGAUUGUGAAUUUGUGAAAAACACCAAGGAGAGCAAACAACUGAAACUGAUGUCCAUAACCAAGGAUGAUUGUAAGCCUAUUGUUCCCUAG